AUGGCCACAGCCGCAGCGGCGUCGACGACCAUUCUUCGACGGUCUCUUCUUUAUGUCCCCUCCUCUUCGCAAAAGAUGCUCGCCAAGUCGCUGGGCCUCGCCUCGGACAAUAUAACCUACGACCUCGAGGAUUCAGUCACACCCUCUCUCAAGCCACAGGCCCGGCAACAGCUCAAGUCGCAUCUUUCAUCCCUGACGGCUCGCCCGCCAUCCAUCUCCGAGCUCGCCGUCCGCGUCAACGCCGUCUCCUCCGCCCUCGCCCUCGAUGACCUGACGACGCUGUCUCCGGUGCCCCUCGUCGACGCCAUUGUCGUGCCCAAAGUUGGGUCGGCCGCCGAUUUGACCUUUGUGUCCGACGUCCUGCGCCAUGCCGCCCCGGAAAGGCACGCCGCCGCCUCGAGCAGUCCCGUCAAGAUCAUCGCCCUGAUCGAGUCGGCCCGCGCCGUCAUGGACCUCUCCAGCAUCUGCCGCGCCUCCCCCUACCUGAGCGGCCUGAUAUUCGCCGCCGAGGACUUCGCCCUCGACUUGUCCAUUACGAGGACGCCGUCUCUGAACGAGUUCCUGUAUGCCCGUUCCGCAAUCGUCACCGCCGCCAGGGCCGCCGGUCUGCCCAGCGCCAUCGAUCUGGUGUGUACGUCCUACCGUGGCGACGAGGGCAUCAGGAGGCUUUCCGAGGAAUGCGCCGGCGGCAAGGCAAUGGGGUUCAACGGCAAGCAGUGCAUACAUCCCGACCAGGUGGAAACGGUGCAGAGGUUGUUUGCCCCGAGCCAGGAUGAAGUUGCGUGGGCGACGCGGGUGGUGAUUGCGGACAAGAAAGCUGCGGCCUCGGGCAGGGGCGCGUGGGCCUUGGAUGGCAAGAUGAUCGACGCUCCGGUUGUUGGCAAGGCGCGAGCCGUCAUUGCCAGAGCCGAGCAGUGCGCAUUUGACGUUGCUGGUCUGAGGCGCAAGUGGAGCGAUCAAGAACCUGAAUGA